CAUCGAUCGUGGCAACCAGGCCUUCACUACUCAACGCCUCCUUCUCGCCAUCAUGUGGCAUACAGCAUCCAGCCACUUGCACCAUGUCCGCGGGAUACUUUCCAAAGCGCGAAAAGGUCGGGCUUGAGGAUCUCUUCAGAGGCCUCGUUACCGCCUGCCAUAUCCUCGAGCACAAUGGUGUCGUUGACGCCUACGGCCACAUUUCUGUGCGCUCCCCUGACAACCCCGCCACCUUCUGGAUGCCGUGCAACAUGCCGCCCGCGCUCGUCAGCUCGCCAGACCAUCUCGUCGAGUACAAGGUCGACGGCGCCGAGGCAGUCGAGAAGGAUGCAAAGCCUGGCUACCUGGAGCGAUAUAUCCACAGUGAAAUCUACAAGCGCUUUCCAGCCAUCAACAGCGUAAUGCACAGCCAUGCGAGCGAUGUGCUUCCGUAUUGUAUCAGCGGGGUCCCGUUCAAAGCCACGAUACACAUGGCUGGCUUCCUAGGCACAAAGGUUCCGGUCUGGAACGCCGCGAACAGUUACCCCUCUGGCGCCAAACACGACCUGCUCGUCCGCGAUACCACGCUCGGUGCUUCUCUCGCUGCAUCCUUGAAGCCCGCGACUUCAACCGGCUUCAUCUACUCCAAAGUCCGCUCGGCGCUGCCGGCGCAGCUCGGGGGCGGAGCGUCUGCCGAGCCAAAGCUAGAGCCAGAUCAUGCCGUCGUUCUGCUCCAGAACCAUGGCUUCGUGACGGUUGCGCAUGGCAUCGAGGAGGCCGUAUACCAGGCGAUAUAUACGAGGGAGGCAGCCAAGGCGCAGACGGCAGCCAUGACGCUUUUGAAUGCCCACACGGGGUACGCCCUCGAGGGCAAGGUUGACACUGAGGCCGGGGGAAAGAUUAAAUCAGGCCAUGCUAAGAUUGAAGGCGGAAGCUUAAAUUACUUGACUGACAAGGAGUGCCAUGAUGCAUGGGAGAGCAUGUCAAAUACAAUGACGCGAGCUUGGGCACUAUGGUGCCGCCAGGUCGAGGUCAAUCCGCUUUACAAGAACGAGUGUCCCGAGGGCGAGGAUUAAGCCGCUGUCACGAACACCGUAAGCUAGCACGCCAUGCGGGCCGUUUAUUACCUAUGCUCUUCUACUUAUCAUUGUACAACUAGUACUAUCUUUCCAACAGAUGCUUCGCCCUAUCGUCGAUGUACUAGCCACACAUGUAGUACAGCCUCGGGCUGAAAUACGAGCAUAAUUCUCCUUU